GAUGCACACAUGCCCAUGACAUCAUUAUGCAUGGGAGGAAUUCGAGUGACGUCAUCACCAAGGGGUGUGACGCAAAAUUGGGAUUCCAGUAGAAAGAGCUAGAGGAGGAAGCUUCUAGAAGUCCUUCGCGCGGGACGAGAGGAGCUUCGAUUUUUGCACUGGCACUUUGCGUGCGUGUGUGUGGAGACAGCCAUGGUGAAGGAGACUGGGUUCUACGACAUGCUGGGCGUCAGGCCCAACGCCAGCGCGGACGAGCUGAAGAAGGCCUACAGGAAGCUGGCCCUCAAGUACCACCCGGACAAGAACCCCACAGAGGGGGAAAAGUUCAAGCAGAUCUCGCAGGCCUACGAGGUCCUGUCCGACCCACAGAAGAGAGAGGUGUACGACCGCGGCGGGGAGAAGGCCAUUAAAGAGGGAGGGGCCGGAGGGGGGGGCGGCGGCGUCUUCGGCUCCCCCAUGGACAUCUUCGACAUGUUUUUUGGGGGAGGGGGCCGAAUGCACAGGGAGAGGAGAGGUAAGAACGUGGUCCACCAGCUGAGCGUGUCCCUGGAGGACCUGUAUAAUGGAGCCACCAGGAAGCUGGCCGUGCAGAAGAACGUCAUCUGUGACAGGUGUCAAGGGCGGGGGGGCAGGAAGGGCGUGGUGGAGCCCUGUCCCUCCUGCAGGGGCAGUGGGAUGCAGGUGCGGCUGCAGCAGUUGGGGCCGGGGCUGGUGCAGCAGGUCUCCUGCAUCUGCAGCGGCUGCCAGGGCCAGGGCAUCAGCCAGCGGGACCGCUGCAAGGGCUGCGCCGGGCGCAAGGUCACCCGCCACAAAAGCAUCCUGGAGGUGCACAUCGACAAGGGAAUGAGGGACGGGCAGAAGAUCGUUUUCCACGGAGAGGGAGACCAGGAGCCGGGCCUGGAGCCCGGUGACAUCAUCAUCGUCCUGGACCAGAAGGCGCACCCGGUGUACACCAGAGAGGGACAGGACCUGAUCAUGAACAUGAAGGUGCAGCUGGUGGAGGCUCUCUGUGGGUUCCGGAAGCCCCUUCUGACCUUGGAUAACAGGACGCUCCUCAUCACCUCCCACCCAGGAGAACUGAUCAGACCAGGUGACAGGAAGUGUGUUCUGAACGAGGGAAUGCCCACGUAUCGCCGGCCGUUCGAGAAGGGGCGCCUCAUCAUCCUCUUCUCUGUGCUGUUUCCACGGGAGAACUUCCUGCCGCUGCCCCGGCUGAAGGAGCUGGAGAACUUCUUCCCGCGAGCGGUGGAGUCCGACGACUCGGACAGCAUGGAGGACGACCUCUACAUCUACGCCGACCUGGAGGACUUCGACCCCGCCCGCGAACGCGACCGCCGCCGCUUCUACGACCUGGAGGAUGAGGACUACCGCGCGGGCGGGGGGGUGCAGUGCCACACCUCCUAGAGCCACCCCCCUGCCCGCCAGCCCCUCCCAUGUCCCUGCACCCGCCCACUCUGGAGACAUCCCCCCCCCCUCUGCUACAGCAGAGAAGGACCUGUAACAAAAUACUAAAAAUUAACCUUAUAAAGGGGGGGGGGGGGUGAGAGGGACCCUCACAGGCUCCACCCCUCUGCCUUGCUUUGAUUGGGUGAAUGAGUAGCACCCUGAAAUACAGAGCUGCGUUUGGGUAUGACCUCUGACCCCUGCCGCUCAUAAGCGGUGAGAGUUUGACUCUGGACGGACGGGCUGGAGGUCUGAGUGAGAAGGCAGAUCCAGUCCCCAGGCCCCACAUUCACCCCCUCAGCAGAGAGUCAAAAACUGCAGCGUCUGUCCCUCACCGUCUCACCUGCCCCUUUUUAAACUGUGCUCUUCUGGGAACUUUGAAUCACUUCUAAAAUAUAAUUCACUAUAAUGCCCUCUCUCUCUCUCUCUCUCUCUCUCUCUCUCUCUCUAUCUCUCUCUCUCUCUCUCUCUCUUCUCUCUCUCUCUCUCCCUCUCUCUCUCUCUCUCUCUCUCUCUCUCUCUCUCUCUCUCUCUCUCUCUCUCUCUCUCUCUCUCUCUCCUCCCCUUCCCCUCCUCCCCUCCCUCCCUCCCUCCUCCCUCCCUCCCUCAAGCCGAAUCGGCAGUUACAAAAUUAAGACAGAAAAAAGAGAAGAAUUUUGAAAGAGAGGCGAUCCCUGUUUUUACCUCACUGACUGCUCUGCUCGUUAGGAAGCCUUAACGCGCAGGUCUCUCGCUGUCUUUCGUUUCCCGCCUUUUCUCCGCGCCUGCUCUGGAGCCUGCCUUCGGAGCGCUGGGAGAGCCCGCGCGCGCCCGCGGCCCGGUUUCCGCGGUGACCGACCCCGUGUUUGUGGACGUUGGGCGUCUCCAGACUGAACUCUCUGAGCAGGUUUAUUCUGGCGGUGUCGGGGGGGAGGGGGUCCUCCCCGCUGCCGCCGCCCGUGUUUGUGACGUACGCGAUGUUGACCGUCUCUGCUCGGCUGUACUGGGCCUGGCAUGUGUUUGUAUGUAUUUCUAAUUAAAUUUGAGUACAGAACAAUA